UUAUUCUUAUUUAAUUAUUUCUCAUUCAGAAGGAAUCCUGAUUCAAUUUCUUAAUCUCAUUUCUCGACUUUGUAGAGCAGUUGACUUGCUAGGUCUUUUUUCUUUAACCAAAAAAAUUAUGACUUGUUAAGCCUUUUUUCUUUAAUCAAAAAAAUAAUGACUUGUUAUUAAUCAACUACUGUCUACCGUGUAUUCUUUUGGAGGCAAAAUUCGAUUAAAUUUGUACUUAUUUUAUAUUUAAGUAACUGAAAAUUAAAAAAUACUUACCAGGCUAAAUGUAAUUUGAUUGAACGGUUUAUCUCCUGGGACUUAUGAGAUCACCGGAAAUUGUGUUGAAGGUCGUCGGAGUAUGUAGAACAACCAAUUUUCUCACUCAAUUGCAUUCUUUAACUAUCAGAACUUACGACACUCACUUGGCUGCAAAAAUAACCGAGUUAUAUUUCGAGUUGUUACCUCUUCAAACUGCGCGUAAGCUGUUUGAUGAAAUUCCUCACCCAAAUCUAUACACCUGCAAUCGCAUUCUGCAACGCUUCUGUGGAAAGAACCGAUAUGAGGAAGUAUCAUCUCUGUUUACGUCUAUGUUUUCAUUCGAAAAGGUUGAUCAUUUUACUCUACUCUUUGCAUUAAAGGCGUGUUCUGCAUUAAAAGCAACAAAUUUUGGCAAAACAAUUCAUGGGUUGGGGAAGAAAUAUGGUAUGAUUCAUUCAAACAUGUUUCUUGGAUCAGGCCUCAUUGACAUGUACUCGAAAUGUGGAAAUAUGGACGAUGCUUUUCGCGCCUUUGAGGAAUAUUCAAAACCGGAUAUUGUUUUAUGGACUACUCUGGUUACUGGAUAUGAGAAGAACUUUAAGCCUGAUGUAGCACUAGCUGUUUUUACUGGAAUGGCGAUGGCGCAUUGCAUUAGUUCAGACCCAAUAACUCUUGUUACUGUUGUCUCUGCUUGUACUCAGUUGUUGAAUUUGAAAGCUGGAAAAAGUGUUCAUGCACACGUGUUUCGAAUGGGUUAUGAAGGUUCCCUCUCUUUAUCAAACGCUCUGCUGAACUUAUAUGCGAAAUCUGGGUCCAUGUUUUAUGCAGGAAAUUGGUUUAGGGUGAUGGAGGAGAAAGAUGUAAUCUCAUGGAGUUGUAUUAUCUCCUGUUGUGCUCAUAAUGAUGCUACUGAUAGAGCUAUAAGUCUAUUUGAUGAGAUGAUUUAUAAAGGAAUUGAACCCAACUCCGUAAGUGUAAUCAGUGCUUUGCAAGCGUGUGAAUCUUGUUGUAAUUUAGACAAAGGCAGGCAAAUACAUGAAUUAGCUUUUCAUAAAAGUCUUGAACUUGAUAAAUUGGUCUCCACUGCUUUGAUUGAUAUGUACAUGAGCUGUUGUUCACCUCAGGAAGCGAUUAUCGUAUUUGACAGGAUGCCCAGCAAAGAUCCUGUUUCUUGGUUUGCUCUGUUAUGUGGUUGUGUUAAAAAUGGAAUGGCCAACAAGUCUAUGCAAAUAUUUUGUGACAUGAUGGCCAGCGAUAUCCAACCUGAUGCUACUGUGAUGGUUAAAAUUCUUGGAGCUUGUUCUGAGUUGGGGGUUCUUCAAUUGACUUCUUGUCUUCAUAGUUAUGUAAUUAGAGGUGGGUUCAUCAGCAAUUCGUUCAUCGGAGCUUCAGUUAUUGACUGUUACGCAAAAUGUGGUAGCUUGGAUGAGGCUAUCAAGGUUUUUGAGAGAUCAACAGAUAAAGAUGUUGUUAUCUGGAGCUCCAUGUUUGCAGGCUACGGAAUUCAUGGGCAAGCUAGGGAAUCAAUUAAGUUAUUUCAUCGUAUGGUUACAGAUUCCACGGUAUGUCCUAACAAAGUUACCUUCCUUUCAAUAUUAGCAGCUUGUAGUCAUGCAGGUUUUGUUGAGGAAGGGAUUGAAUUCUUCAACAUAAUGUUAAAUGAGUACCAACUGAUGCCAGAAUCAAAGCAUUAUGCAAUCAUUGUUGAUCUACUUGGACGAAUCGGAGAAUUGGACAAGGCUAUGUGCCUCAUUAACCAAAUGCAGUCACGGGUUGGAGCACACGUAUGGGGGGCCUUGCUUGGUGCUUGCAGGAUUCAUCAGAAUGCAGAGAUUGGAGAAGUCGCUGCCAGGAAUGUUCUCCAGUUAGAUCCAGAUCAUGCUGGAUAUUACAUCCUGUUAUCAAAUGUGUAUGCUGUUGAUGGGAAGUGGGAUGAUGCAGCUGAACUUAGAGGUUCAAUUAAAGAGAGAGAAUUGAAAAAGAUAACUGGCCAAAGUGUUGUUAGACUUUAGGAAUGAGGCUCACGUCGUUUUACACAACGGUGGAUAUCACAGGGACGUAAGAGCAUAUCUAUGGUCCUAAUUCAAACAUUCUGCUGCAUAUAGUUCUGAAGUUUGAUACAUAAAGACAUCUGUGAUUUGAACUCAAAACCUCAACUGUUAAGAGGACGAAAUCUAUGUCAAACAUUUCUUAGGUUGCAUCGAUGAAGUAAAGACACCAAAUAUAUCGCUACUGCUUGAUAGCUCUGACUUUUUUCCAUGGUGGUCAAAGGGAGCAGGCUGAAAAGACAAUUAUAUCACCCGGUUUCACAAGAAGAAAAAAGCAAAAACUGCCCAAAACACAUCACAUAAAAUCACCGUUGACUCCAAAGCAAGAGAAGUAAAAACUAUCAUUCUACAUGUAGCAAUCAGUUGGCACUUCAUAUUUAUCAGCCCCUCUAGUUCUUACUGGGAACGAGCAAAGGAGCUCAUCUCCAUAGUCGAAUUACAAAUCGCAUUUAAUUCUCUCAAUAUACCAAAUAUGUAUGCAUUUUCAGUGUCCGAGAUUAUCUCGAACAUUAUUACCUUUCUACAAAACCUAGAUACCCGAAAACU